UUUAAGUGCCCUCCUUUUCAUUUUUAAGAUAUAUCUUGUUUUUUGGCAAAAGGGUAGGUUCCAAAAUGGGAAGACAACCUUGUUGUGAUAAGGUUGGUUUGAAGAGAGGUCCAUGGACUAUUGAGGAAGAUCACAAGCUUAUCAAUUUCAUUCUCAACAAUGGUAUUCACUGUUGGAGAGUAGUUCCCAAGCUAGCAGGAUUGUUGAGAUGUGGAAAGAGCUGCAGAUUGAGAUGGAUUAAUUAUCUGAGACCAGACCUCAAGAGAGGUGGUUUUACUGAAAUGGAAGAGGAUCAAAUUAUACAACUACAUUCAUGUCUUGGUAACAGGUGGUCUAAGAUUGCCUCACAUUUUCCAGGGAGGACAGACAAUGAAAUCAAGAACCAUUGGAACACAAAAAUAAGAAAGAGGUUGAAGGUCCUUGGUUUGGACCCUUUGACCCUGAAGCCAAAUGAGCAAAAGCAGCAACAGUGUGGUGAGGAUGACAAACUCAACACAGAGAAACAGCAAAAAAGCACUUCAAAAGGGUGUGACCAAGGUGUGGAGAAGAAGCCCUUGGACAUGCAUGGCACCACAGGAAAAGAGCCAAAAACAGAAGACAAAGUUGAAGAAAACAAGGUUACAUCAUGGGAUGACACCACUGGUUUUUUGAACAAUUAUGAAGUGUUGUGGUCAGAGUUGGAGUUGGGAUCAUGGAUGAGCCAAGAAACCAAAGCCAGCACUAGCUCUUAUUGUAGUUCUUGUUUCUCAGUGGAUGAUUCUAGCAACCUUUCUUCUGUGGGUGAAUCCUCUUACCUUCAGCAAAAUUCCUUUCAACAAUGGGUUCAGGGUUUGGAUUCUUUUUUCUCAUGGGAUAGCUUCAAUCCAAUUCACAGAGAUUUUCCCUUCUUGGAAAAUAGGCAAUAAGCAUAAUUCCAUCAUAACACCACCCUAUUUUUACAAUCUCUCCACCAAUAAAAUGCUACAAAAUAUCAAGAAUGCCACUUUAAUUCUACAAAUCAACGUGUGAUUCCAUAUUGUUGAAUGUGAAUUGGAUACAUUGCCAUUGUUUCCGUACAA